AUGGCCACACCUCAUCCUCAUCCUGGCCCUGUCGGCCCUGAUACUCUGAUCACCGUCAAAAUCAUCAUCGACGGUACCAACCGCCGAUUCAAACUUGCACUUCGUGAUCUUGGUGCCAACACGCUUCCUCAGAAGCUCCGACUCCUGCUUGCCAUCCCUCCUGAACACGAAGUUCGAUUCGACCGCUUCUCCGAUUCGGCCGGUACCUAUGUUACUCUCGACAGCAACAAUCCUGCCAUAUACAAGCAGUUGUACCGGGCGGCAAAGGCCAAACUGAAGCUGCGUCUGAAGGCCACCAUCACCAAACCCGCCAAGGUGGAAGGGAUUGAUGACAAGACUGCCCACAUCACCAAAACUAUUCCAGACACUUCGUUCGAUGCCUUGUCAGCAACCUGUUCGACUAAGCCGAUGCACAGCUUCCUUGACACCGUUCUGUCACAGCCCUCGGGCAAUGGAACCGCACCAUCGUUCAAGACAUUCCAGCAAACAUGCUCCUAUUCUCCAAGAUGUGCUAUCCCCGGUGCUUUUCAUCCAGCUGCAAGCACCGACGCCACUGGCGAAGUACCCCAAACUCCUGUGACUGACCUGUUCAGCCUUCCGACUCUACCCUCCUUGAACGAUUUCCCAUUGACCACCUACAGUAUUGAUUGCAAUCACUGCGGGAAGUCCGUCCCAGACGAGCACUAUCACUGUAGCAUCUGUGAAAAAGGAGACUUUGAUCUCUGCAAGUCGUGCGUUGACAACGGCGUUUACUGUCAUGGAGAUGAACACUGGCUCAUCAAGAGAACCAUCAAGAAUGGCGUGGUGGUUCCGAGCUUCACAGAAACACAUCCACCAAAGAAGAUGGCAAAGGCUGAUACCCCCGCCGUGGAUGAAGUAUCAACCCCCCUCAGUCCAGAACAGGAUGAAGAUGAACGCACUUGCAAUUGUUGCAUCAACCAGCUCCACUCGCGUGAAUUCGUCACCUGUGAUGACUGCCCCGAUUUUGACCUUUGCUUGAACUGCUUCGCGGAGGGCGAACACGGACACGAUCCUUCCCAUGGCUUCCAUGAGACCAUUGAGCACUCCAUUGGCAGCGAGAUCAAAGCUCUCUGUGCCCCUGGACGUGGUGUCCAGCAUGCGGCUGUCUGUGAUGGCUGCGACAAGGCCAUUCGUGGAGUUCGCCACAAGUGUUUGUCCUGCCCCGACUUUGACUACUGCUCAGACUGCGUGAUCUCCGCUGAGGAGAAGCAUCCGGGUCACCGCCUCGCCCCUCUGUAUACUCCGCUGCCCAACAUGCGAGUUCACAGGGAGAUUCACCGUGGUAUCUAUUGUGAUGGGCCUCUGUGCACAACAUACAAGCGCUACAUCACCGGAGAUCGUUACAAGUGUGCCAUCUGUAAUGACACUGAUUUCUGUGCCAACUGCGAGGCCCUCCCCAUCAAUGGUCACAAUGCCACUCAUCCAUUGAUCAAGAUCAAGACGCCCAUUCGCCACGUCCAGAUCACUACGCAACAGGAAACUGAAGCGGGCCACAAAGUGUCGACUCUUGGAGAUAAACCUCUUGCCAAACAUGCCGCAACUGAGACCACCAGAUCUACUUCGACCAACGCUGCUACUCAAGUACAAACUGUAGCUGAGGUCAAGCCCGCUGAGAGUGCAUUUGUUGUGACUGAAUCUCCCAGGGCCGAGGAAACCACUUCCAACAAGGUCCAGGUGGCUGACUUGCAAGCUUGGUAUGUUUCGGACUCGACUCCAGAUGGCACGAAGAUUCCACCCAACCAUCUCGUUUCGCAAUCGUGGACCCUCCGUAACCCUGGACCAGAGGCAUGGCCAGUUGGCUGCGCCGUUCACUACAUCGGCGGGGACGAUAUGCGCAAUCUCGAUAAUCAUCACCCGUCCAGUGUCAGCAAUAUGAUUGCAGCGAAUCGGAGCAAUGCUCUUGGCCAUACCCUUGAACCAGGGCAGACUGCAGUUUUCACAGUGAUGGUCAAGUCGGGUCCUCGUGAUGGUCGUUCGAUCUCUUACUGGCGUCUCAAGACCCCUGGUGGUCUUCCCUUCGGACAUAAGCUUUGGAUUGAUGUACAAGUCCAGAGCGUUCCGGUUGAGCUUCCAAUUCGCUCGGCUCUGCUGCCUCCUCCACCUGCCAGCAUGGAGACUGAGGCGGAAGUCAAGGAAGACGACCACUCUGCGUCGAGCUCGACUAUGAUUUUCCCCAAGCUUGACAAGGAAUCUCCAGUCUCGAGCAUCCAUAACAUCAAUGCAGACCAUGCCGAGUCAGCCCCUGCAGCUGUGAUGGAGCCAACGGUGAAGACGGAGGAAGAAGAGCUACUGGAAGAUGUCGAAAGCCUUGAGUUGGAGGAGUCGGAAAGUGAGGAUGAAGGAUUUCUCACUGAUGAAGAGUACGACAUUCUCGAUGCUGACGACGAAGACCUUGCGGUAGGCGGUAAAUGA